AUGCCCUCAACCCUCUCCACCGACCUCCUAACACCCCACCCCAACCCCUACACCCCCGACUACCGCCCCCUCCUCCUCCUAACCUCCUCCUCCCUCACCUUCAUCCUCGCCCUCCUCUCCGCCUUUCCGAAAACUCAACAAACCUUGGAGGAGUUCGGAAAUAUCACGAGACACAAACUACGGGAGAAGGGGUUGGCGUCACCUGAGGUUGAGGAACAGGAGGUCGAAGUUGAUUUUGGGAGUAUGUGGACGCAGUUGUGGAAGGAGAUUCGGGAGGGGAAUACCAAGGAGGAGAAUGAGUUGAUGGAUAAAGGGGAGGCGGAGAAGGCGAGUGUGAGUGCGUGAAGAUGGUGUAGAGUUGGGCUGUUUGACAUCUGCUUCCUGGCAGUGUGGAGGAGUGCGAGGGUGACACAAGGCAUCACGCACGGCUUGGACUAUGUUUACUAGAGAACCGUAGUCCAACCAAGACUUCGCCGAUUGAUCAAGGUCGAUUGUUUGAAAGACGGGGCUGCAAGGAUGAGUUGUCAGGAAGGAACGGACAGUUGGCAUUCGCAAGGCGUUCAUGGACAUUAGCAUAAUACCCGUUGGUUAUUCUCUUACAUUUGUACGAUACGCAAAGUGCUUCCAUUCGCCC